UUUUUUUUUUUCUUCUCUUUGCUCUUUGUUCUCUUUUUCGCCUCCUUCCUUUUAAUUAGAUAGACUUGUAUUUGAAAUGAUGCCAACAGUUGACACCAAUGCUUGGCAAAGUAUUGCCUCAGCAGCCGAAGAACUACAGAAACUAAUGGCAGAACAUUUACAGAUGAAGAUGGAGGGAACGCUAGCUGAUAAUGUAUUAGAAAGCCCACAAGGACAAACAUUAUUAGUAGCCAUUGAUAGAAUGAAAGAUCUUCAUUGUCAAGCUUAUGAAUCAACACGCGAUACCAAACAACAAACAGCCGAUGCCAAAGAUGCUAUGGAUGAUAAACAAGUAGGCCUUCAAAAUGUUAUGUAUGAGAAAAGACAUAUUGUCGAAGAAAUAGUCAAAUGUCGAGAAUUUAGAUCUGUUUAUCAACAUGUUGAUCUUAUUUCUUUGGAUGAUUUCUUGGCCAAGGCACCUGAGCAUUAUUUAGAAGAUAAAGAUAAUCAUCACACUCUCAUGAUUAAUCGACUAAGAUUUGAACAGGAUGAAAGGACAAGUCUCAAGGAAGAAGAAGAAAGGUUACAGCAAGAAAGACAAUUACUGAUCAAGGAAAAUCGCAAGGCUCAAGAAAAGUUGGAUCGCUUUGACAAGUUAUUGGAUGACUUUGUUCUGGCAACUGUGCCUUUAGAAGAAUCUCUACAUGAAGACGAUAAAAAGACAACAGCAUCAACACGAACAACUGAUGCAAUGGAUGUGGAUGAACAAGAUACAACUGAAGAUCAAGAAUCAUCACAGAUAGUGGAUGUCCAAAUGGCAGAUUCAUGAUGAUUACUUUUGGUAUAUAGUUUAGAAAAACAGGAUAGUAUAUAUGAUAGAUAGCAU